GGGGGCCGCGGCGCGCGCUGGGCCACGACGACUCUUGGGGACGCCCGGGGCCUCUGAGCGCAGGAACGGGGCGGGAGGGGGGGGGGGAGCCGAAGGGCGCGGGGCGCUGGGCCGGGGCGGCCUCCCCCUCCCCGAGGCCAGGGCGUCUCAGCCGCUAAGGCGCGGGGCUGCAGGUCCUGCCGCUGGGCUUCCCACUCUGACAGGCGCCAUUUUACCGCCCAAAGGGCUCCCUCCUCCUCUCUUCCCUCCUCCUCUUCCCCUCUGACAGUACUUCCGGUAGUGACGCGUGUUCACUUCCCCGGGGUGGAUGGGUCCCUCGGCCCGUUCCAGCGAAGGAGGGUAGAGUCGGGGAAAGCGGAGGGAGUCCGGAGCAGGGAUGCAGCGUUGCGCACGCGCGCAAGACGUGGUGCAGGAACUGAGGAUGUCUUCUCUACGGCUGUGUACAGAGACUCUGGAGCGCCCCCUCCGAGUGAGCCCCGCUGAGGACACGGGACAUAAAAAGAAAAAAAAAAACCCACAACCACCCUGGUUCCAGACUCUGCGGGCCUUUAAUGGGGGGGGGGGGAGGGCAAUCGUAAGUGCCCCGCCUCCUCGGCCGUGACGACAUCAGAAGGCGUCCGAGAUGCUGGACUCGCUGUUGGCCGUCGGUGGCUUGGUGCUUCUUCGAGAUUCCGUGGAGUGGGAGGGGCGUAGUCUCCUGAAGGCUCUUAUCAAGAAAUCUGCACUUCGUGGGGAGCAAAUCCACGUCCUGGGCUGUGAAGUGAGUGAAGAAGAGUUUCGCGAAGGUUUUGGCUCUGAUGUCAACAGCCGCCUGGUUUACCAUGACCUCUUUAAAGACCCUCUUAACUGGUCAAAACCUGGCGAAGCUGUCCCUGAAGGACCUCUGGGGGCCUUACGGGCCAUGUGCAGAAGGACGGAUCCUGGCCCUGUCACCAUUGCUCUGGACUCUGUGAGCUGGCUGUUGCUUCACCUUCCCUGUGUCACUCUCUGUCAGACCCUGCAUGCUCUGAGCCAGCCACGGGUCUCCCCAGGUACUAACUCCCUAGUAGAGCAGGUACGUGUCCUGGGCCUACUACAUGAAGAGCUUCAUGGUCCUGGCCCCACGGGAGCGCUGAGCACCCUUGCUCACACAGAGGUGAUUCUGAGUGGUAAAAUGGGCCAGACUUCAGCCUCCAUCCUCUGUCGAAGGCCCCAACAACGUGCAACUUACCAGACUUGGUGGUUCUCCAUUCUUCCUGACUUCAGCCUGGAUCUCCAUGAGCAGCUUCCCCUCCAUUCUGAGCUCCACCCAGAUCCUCACACAACCCAGGUGGAUCCCACGGCUCAUUUGACCUUUAACCUUCACUUGUCCAAGGAGGAAAGAGAAGCCAGAGACAGCCUCACUCUGCCUUUCCAGUUCAGCUCCGAAAAACAGCAAGCUCUGCUCCGCCCUGGACCAGGCCAGACAACCAGCCACAUCUUCUAUGAACCAGAUGCUUUUGAUGACGUAGACCAAGAAGACCCAGAUGACGACCUAGACUUUUGACUAGACUAAUGGAGAGGAAGACCAUGGUUCAAAACCAUCCUGUUGUUGGCAGAGACCUUACCUGGUCCCUCCCUCCCUGUGUUGCUCUGUCUGUGAGCUAAGGACUAACAUCUAAUUGGGGCAAAGAAGUGUGGUGAGAGGGUGGUGUAUAGCAAGAGAAUAAGAAACCCCCUCUUCCCAUGCCCAUUUCUAAUAAAAUAGAUUAUGUAU